AUAAAGUGAAAUAACUCAGUCAUGAGUAUUUCAAAGUCGUCUAAAAUCAAGAAGCUUUUUGUGAAGUCAAAGAAGGAUAAGGAUAACAGGGAUGCUGAGAGAAGGGAGAGCCUGUUGUUGACUUCACCCACAGACGAGCGCGCGAGUUUCACAGGUUCCUCCAUGACUGUACCGUUGAACCACGAGCUCCGCAGCCCUAGAGAUGCCCCCUUAUACCCGAAUUCGCAGCCCACCAGCUCCAGCGAAAAGACGAAGAGGCGUUUCCCGUCCUGGCGGUCCAAAAAGAAGUCUAAGGAUAAAGAUCUGCAAUUUCUCAGCAGCACCGGAGAUCUGGAAUCUGGAUUCAACCACACGAGUUUUGAUCAAAUGAGCAUCCGGACAGAGGAUUAUUUGAUGACCGACACCUGCCCCACCCCUGUCCACUCUCCGACUAAUUCAGUGAUAAGCCUAGAUCGUGUCUCACUUCCAGAUCCAACAUCCCCAAUGCGGAAACACAGGAAGAGUUCUGAGGAGAAAAGUGAAAGUGUUUUUCACCGUAUUGGGAAUAUUUUCUCUUGGAAGAAAAAAAGCAGAACCACAUCAGAUGACAGUAAUGAAAUCGUGUCGCCAAAUGCAGACAGCCCAAUCAAAGCCCCAGUCUCAGAAGAACUGAGACGGACACCCAGUGGUGGUGUAUACAGAGAAAAUGGUGAUUCAGUGUUUGGGUGGGCACAUAGACGAAGUCCCAGCGUGUGUAGUGUAGCCUCCCUCGUUGCAGAUGGAGAUUUACCUUUUGCUGACAGUGGCAGUAGCGGACGAGGGAGUGUAAAAGAGGUGGAAGUUAUCAAGGUGAGUAGUGUCGAGACUUGCAGUGAUGGAAAGACCGAGCAUCUUGUAACAGAGGUCAGCAGGAAGCUCAAGGUAUACCUGGAGGAGACGAGAGAUGAGAUCACUGACACAUUACUAAAGAAAUGUGCAGACCUUCCCAUAAAUCACCCUGAAACACCAAAGUCCCCUGUUGUCUUAGGCGGGACGGAGAGUAAAAAGACAGUAUUGAAACCCACUAUCAGAGGCAGUGGGAAUUACACAGCACUUGUCGGAAUGAUUCUUGGUUCACAGUCGAGAAGCCCGUUGUCCUCUGACAGUCAGCGUAGAGAAGAGGCAGAGACUGAUAACAUGGGGAAGAAAAACAGUGACAAGCGAAAGUCACGUAAACUUGGUAAUAAUGAGUCUCUCAAUUCAACAGUAGCCACAUCCCCUGAGGAGAGCUCAUCACAAUGUUUUCCUUCACCUGGUCAAGUACACAGAGCAGUGUGGGCGGAAACUCACCUGACAGAGGAGGAGAGUGUGAGCUCCAUUACUGAUUCACUCUUUUCUGUAGAACUUGAUCCAGCCAGCCUAGCGGAGAGUUAUUUUGCCCUCGAUACAGCUGCCAUCAACACUCCUGGUCCUCCACAAGCGGCAGAGCCGGCCAACUGCACCACAAAGGCCUUUAAGAAAUCAGGGCACAGCACAAAAGCACCUGAGCCCGAAACUCAAGGGAGAUUUAUUUGUAAAGACCAGAAAGCUGAGAGCUACGAGGAGAAACGCAGAAGCUUGAAACUGUCACAGAGUGAGAAAAACUUUGCUAAAAAAGUGAUUGUUAGUCCGCAAUCAAGUGUGGAGGGGGAUGAACAAGCUGAAACAGAGACCCAUAGUGAGACAAACUUGGAAGUUUUGCAGAAUAUCCAGCAGGUUAAGGUGAAAAUAAUAUCAACCACCAAUAGUGUGAAUGUCAAGAAAUCCAACCAACAGGCACAUACAUCAGUAGAAGUCACUGAACGUGUGUUAAAGCAUCCUCUUGAUAAGGAUGUUGAGAGCUCCACUCAAAUUUCAACGAAAAAUACAGACGCUACAGACAUCAAGGAAGAACCAUAUUUCCUAGAAAUGACAAGUCAAAAAGGAUUAUUUAAUACUGCGAUGAGCAGUCCUCAGAAAUCAUCUGUGUCACCCAUGCGUAUAGACAGAGCAGGCAGUGGGUUAAAUGGUGGAUUUAAAACUAUGAGCCCUCCACCACAAGUUGCCUCUAAAACUAAAGCUGUGACGUCUCAAAUUAAAAGCCUGUCUGAGGCAUCAAAGAUAGAAGUUACUACAGUAGGGAGGAUUUCACAGAAACGCACAGAUCAAGAAGAGAUUAAAUCUCCAACUGCGAAGGAGCAGCCAGUUACAUUCAAUAAAACAACUGAAAUCAAGUCCAAAAUUCCUAAGAAAACCGCAUCAGUGGUCCUUUCCAAACCAAAAAAAGUGAUAGAGGGUGUUACAGUAUAUGAUUUUGCCUCAAAAGUUGAAGGUCAGAUGAACACCAAAUGUCAGAAUGAGGCAGGAUCAAUAAGUUCAGCACAGAAGAUAUCACCCACUAAAGUAGUGGAAGAGAAAGAUGUUUUGUACACUUCAGCAACACCAAAAACGUCUCAAUCCACUAAAGAACAGGUCACGCUUUCAAAACCUAAAAGAAGUCUAAAAAAAUCAGUCUCUAAUGAUAAAUAUGAUAAACCCCCAUCCUCUCCACCCUCAAUGGAGAAUUCUGGUUCAAAAUGUAACACAGAAUUCAGAGCAUAUAAAGAUAUACAAAGGUCAAAAACACAACCGUCAGUUGCAGAUGACAGAAGUCCAACAUUAAAGAGUAGUUUUCACUACUCAAAGAGUAAAAUGACUGAUGCAAAAGUCAAAUCAGGUGACACUGGUAGCAAAACAGCUGCACAGGACAACAAAGCAGAGACAAGCUCACUUUCAUCCUCAGUGCCAACCAGUAACCAUUCAGAGCAGAAAAUUGAAAAGCAGAAGCCUACAAAUGAAACCCAGCUUAGUGGGCUAAAGAGUCCCAAAAAAUUCAUGACUGAUGUGUCACCAGCAGGAAGGAAACUACCUCGAAUGACACCAACGGGUCUUCUGAAACCCUCAGAUGAAGAAGCUGCCCAUGGAGAAAGUGAGUCAUAUCAACCAUCCUCACUGCCAUUUGCCAAGCCAGAGAGAAGUGAGUCAUCCCUGGUUACCGGUCCUGUCAGUGAUGGCAAAUCUUCUAGAUUUGAACAAACCACUAGAAAUGUUUUGGUUAAGGCAUCACCAGAGUUUAAAGCAAAUUGUCUUUUCAAGGAGGUGGGUGAUUUUCCGUCUGCUGCAUCACAUCCCCAAAGUCCCACUAAACCCAAAUCCAAGAGAGAUUUUAAGAAGACAGAGCAAACUGCAGCUUCAGAUCCAAAUAUAGACACAGUCGAGAAGACUGCAAGUUUUCCCAUUACACCAACAGCCUCUCUUAAAUCUAACAGUGACACUGCCAAAGUGGAAAAUAUUGAUGAACAACUGAAAGCCACUUCCGAGAUAAAGAAUGGUGAAAAAUCUGGAGAUGCUGAGAAUAAAAUCAGACCAGACAAGCCACUUUUAAAAAACAGUGAUUUACAAUCCAUCCAACAACAGACAGAAUCAGAUUUACUGGUUUCAUUGGACUCACAUGUCCAUGUAACACCAGACAAAGAAUCGGAUGUUGUUAAAGAGAAAUCUCUUGUUAAAAAUGGCGAGGUUGGGUUGGAGAAAGACAAUUGUGCCGUUGCUAAGGCAGAUGAAAUUUCCACAGUUCCAGAGAUGGGUCAUUAUAAACCCUGCGAUCUGAGCACUCAAGGGAAUGAGCUGUCUUGCUUUUCUGAGGAAAGCCCAUACAUCCAACAACAGACUGAAUCAGAACUACUGGUCCAAGUUAAAGCAGAAGAGCAAUCGGAUGUUGUUAAAGAGAAGUCUCUUGUUAAAAAUGCCCAGGUUGGGUUGGAGGAACAGAAUCGUGCCCUGGCAAAGGCAGAUGAUAUAUUCACAAUACAAGAGACUGGUCAAUACACAUCCAGUGAUCUGAGCACUGAAGUUAUGGAGCAGUCUUGCUUUUCUCAGGAAAAAUACUUUGCCAUCAUUUCAGAGAAUUUAUCUGAGACAACACAGAAGAUUAAUUCCAAAGAACACUGUGUGGAAAACUCAGUGGCAACUGCACAGUUAGGUGACACAAGUAAAUCUCCAAACCCAGAGUUUGUCAAACUGAAUAAGAUUAAUAAGUUAAACAAAGUUGUUGAGAUGCCAUUAACGGUGAUAACAAGUCCAGAGGCUUCUUCUAAACCAGAAUCUGUUCAAAAUGGCAAUCAGACUUUAGAGCAGAAACGUCCAUCACUAAAAAUACUAGAUAAACAAACUUCCAAACUGGACAUAAAGAGUGAAGUCCAAAUUAAAAAUACAGAAUCCCAUGUGAAAAUCAAGGACCCUAUAAAGGCUAAAGAUAAAAUGCCAGCUAAUAACAUGCAAAAAGUGAAGCCUCCAGCUGACCAAAGUCUUCACCAGUUUACAUCUCAGAAUCUUCCUUUCGACUCCACAAUCCUCUCAAAAACUAACAAGGCACCAUCGAGUUGGUUAGAUGUUGACCAAAGUUUUGAGAAGAAGAAAACAGAGAGACGAAUGGAUUGUUCUGCAAGUGAUGAUAAUCUGCUUGACACUUCUGAUGAUUUUGAGGAUUUCAUUUGCAACAUCAAGAAGCACUGUUCACCUUUCUCUUUACCGCCCAGAAAACAUGUGCUGAACAAGAUGCCAUCCCCGCCUUUUGCCAUGCCUGCCAUUAAAGAAGAUAAUUUUGAGAAGAUAUUUGAUCCAGAACAGUUCCAGUUUGGUACAAGAAAAACUGCAGGACCAAAAGAGCCCUCUCCAGCCAUGAUUAUCAAGAAAAAAAAUGAAGAGACAAAAAACAACCCACCAUCCAAAUGGUCAGAGGACAGCCUACUUUAUAAAGCACUCUCUUCAAGACGGGAACAAGACAAAGGUGAAAAGGUUGCAAUCACUCAGGAGAAAAAUGAUUGUGAAAACCAGAACAUCACAGACGGAUCUGGAAAACUCUCCUCAAGGUUGGAAAGAAUGUCAAUUAUCUCAAACCUCAUGAACUCUCAAAAUGUAUCUAGAAAAGCCAGAACUGAACCCAGUUCUCUCAUUAAUGGCAUUCAGUCACCUACAACACCACCUCCAGAGCCAGUGCCAAUCUUAGGAGAGAAGAAAGGCAUGCCUCUAUCACAUGCUGUCACAACUCAAAAAGAAGGGCUUGGUAAUUUGCUAGAUCAAGGCAAUGUAACAGGCAGAAUUGUUGAUUCAAUAAAGAGUCCAUCCACACCUCCUCCCUUUCCGACAUUCUCAGAAGUCAAGCUGCCUGACUUUUUAGAGAAAUACAUGAAUGAAGGCAAAGGAUCAAAUGCAACGAGUCAGCAAAGGCCUGACACCAGUUCUCUUUCUCCACUGGACGUUAGCAGCACUUCUUGCACUUUUACUGCAAACAUGGGCCUGCAAGGCGUUUCAGGAUUAACAUCUCCAUCUAACACUAUUCAACCAUUGACACUGCCUACACCCACCAUCCUUUCAUCAACUUGUGCAGAGACACCCACUGUAAGAGGCUUCCACAGACGGCCUGGAAAGAUUGUGAUAUAUCAGCAAGCUCAGUUUGGCGGAGAGGCAUAUGAGGUGUUCAGAGAUUUAGAAGAUGCCACCUCGCUGAAUCUCUCUCCAGUCAUAUCCUUAAAGGUCGUCAGGGGCUGCUGGCAGCUGUAUGAAAAGCCAGGCUUCCAGGGCCGUUCUAUCGCUUUGGAGGAGGGGCCAGCAGAAGUUGUAAAUGAGUGGGCGGAGACAGAGCCCAGUGGGGAGGUAGGGCCAAAUGGCUUGCCACUCCCAACCACACCCAUGGUCAUUGGCUCCAUUAGACUUGCAUUGAGGGACUACAGUCUACCAAAAAUCGACUUGUUCACAGAUCUGAAUGGGAUGGGCCGAAUGGCUUCAUUCUGUGAUGACACCAUAGAGAUCAGUUUGUUUGGUAGUCCUCUGAGUACUGGGUCCAUUAUGGUCCAUUCUGGAGUAUGGCUGGUCUUUAGUGAUCCAGGUUUCCAGGGACUCUUGGCCGUAUUGGAGGAAGGAGUAUAUCCACGCCCUGAGAACUGGGGCUUCCCGACCCCCUUUGUCGGAUCACUGCGGCCUCUGAAACUGGGUGAAAUUAAGGUGGAAAAUCCCAAUGAAACUAAGGCUGUGCUGUAUGAAAAGCCGAUGUUCCAAGGGAAGUGCAUAGAAAUUGAAAGGGACAUUUACAGCUUUGAUGAAGAAGAGGAAGACAAGAGUGCAGAAAAGGAGAGCGAAUGUCCUGACAGUACACCUGUGCAGAAGAGCAAGAGGCUCAGUUCUGUGGGCUCAUUGAAAAUUCUGAGUGGCCUUUGGGUGGGCUAUUCAGCACCAGGAUUUGAUGGUCACCAGUAUCUUCUGGAGGAGGGAGAGUAUGCAGACUUCACUGACUGGGGUGGACUGGGAGACGGGCUCUUCUCUAUAUGUCCUAUAAUAGCAGAUUAUAUGACUCCUCAUGUAAGAAUGUUCAGCGAACUAGAAUUCAGCGAAAGAGGGAUGAAUGUGGACCUGCUGGAACCUGUCAUCAACAUGGAAAACACUGGCUUCAGCAUUAAAACGCAAUCUAUGGAAGUCCUCUCUGGCGUGUGGAUAGCUUUUGAGAAUGCGCGAUUCUCGGGUGAGCUGUUUGUUCUACGGAAAGGUCUCUAUGCCAGCCCAGCAGACUGGGGCGCAAAGAACUGGAAGAUCUUGUCUCUUCAGCCUGUGGUUUUGGAUCAGACCGAAGGGCUGUCCAGAUAUAAGUUGCAGUUGUUCUCUGAGCCAGGGUUCCAGGGAGAUAUCCUGGCCUUAGAAGAAAGUGUGGCAUUCCUGCCUGAGGGGUACCACCCCAUGUCUUUCAGAGUUCUAGCUGGGAGCUGGGUGGUGUUCGAUGGCCCACAGUUCACUGAUAACAUGUAUGUAUUGGAGGAAGGAGAGUACCCAAACCCUGAGGCUCUUGGCUUGCUCAACUCAAACUGCAGAAUCAGCUCUGUCCACACUGUAGGACAUGAGUUUUCUAUCCCCUCUAUCACACUCUUCUGUAAAUCCAGCUUCAGAGGGCGUAAAGUAGUUUUGAUGGACGGAGUGGUGAAUCUUUCUCUGGCUGGGAUUGAUGGGCGGGUCAACUCUCUGUUGGUGAAUGGAGGAAUAUGGGUGUUGUAUGAAUAUAGCAACUUCCGUGGUCGUCAGGUUCUGCUCCAUCCCAGCGAGAUUGGUGAUUGGCAGAAGUUCAGAGGCUGGGAGUGGAUUGGCUCUCUGCGUCCAUUACUGCAGAAACGUGUUUAUUUCCGGCUGCGUAGUGCAGAGACCGAAUGCAUGAUGUCUCUGUCUGGGUCCCUGGAGGAUAUAAAACUGCUCCGGGUCCAAGUGCUGGAGGAAUCUGACGGUCCAGAGCAGAUUUGGUUCUAUGAGAAUGGACUACUGCGCUGCAAGAUGGUAGAGGACUGUUGUGUGGAGACCUCUGGGAGUGUGGUAAUGGCAGGUGGCAGAUUAAACAUUUCGCUUGAACCAGGCAAAGACAAUCAGUUCUGGAGCAUCACAGGAGACGGGAUCAUACGCAACAACCUCAAGCCUGAACUUGUGCUGGAGGUCAAAGGUGGCCAACAGUAUGAUAAAAACCAGGUGAUUCUCAAUACCUUCAAUGAACAGAAAGCAAACCAGAGGUGGACUGUGGAAAUCCUUUAGUCCGAGUCACAACACAUUUCUGUCACUCCUUAAUGAUAAGCAGAAACUCUGAAGGAAG